AUGUUAUAUAUUCAACAACAACAAGAUGACCUGAAUGAAAAAUUCGAUACUAUUGCAAUGAAAUUAAAUACUCAUAACAAUGAUAUUGGUCGGAUUAAAUAUUGUAUUUAUGAAAUUAUAUGUCUACUUGUCAAAGAGAUUUCAAAUCAAAUUCACCUAAAAGCGAGAGAUGAUGGACCUGAUGGCAACACAAGUGCGCACGAGCGUACAACAUCCAAUCAUGAUCUUUAUCAAACAACAACAUAUGAAUCCUAA